AUGAACCGAUCAAGUAGCAUUUGUGAGAGGAAUGAGAUGAAAGACUUGGAACGCGAAAUAAUCGCGGAGACUGUUAAAUGUGGGGAGAUGGAAAAGACACUGAAACAUCUUCGCUCACAGAGUGUAGUUCCAGUAAACAGGGUGGUGACACUGCAGUCACUUCUGCAAGAUAUUGAAAAAGUCAAGGAAGAAAAGAGAGCAAUGCAUGAGUGGCUGGAGCGCGGAGUUGCAGAGGCAGAGCGUGUAUCGAUGCAGCUAUCAAAUCUCUCCGAAGAGAUACACCGUGCUGAGGUGCGCGAGAAGGGAGUCAAUCGUGUGGUGGAGGAGAUGAGCGAACGCUACAGUGAGCUUCAGCAGAGACUCCACGAGGAGGAAAUGCAGGUGAAUUCUCUGCAACACCAGAUUGCCACAAAGGAAAGCGACCUCACUGAACUUGGGGAAGACAAUGCCAAUAAAGGCGAUGAUUUUUCGCUCCUUGAACAGCUGACGGAAGUUGAAAAGGAAGUAAAUAAAUUACGGUGCAACGAGGCUGUCAUCGAGACGGCAGAAACAUCGAUGGAUUGUCUCGCCGCGUGCUCUCGCCGGGUACUUCACGAGUUGGGGAAGAUAAGCGUGGCGGUGAACAGCUGUACUCUCUUGGGUGAUUUGCCGGAAAAGAACGAUAAUGGCGAUGACACCGAAUCCUUUGACUCGGAAGAAGGUGCAGACGACACCCGCCACCCGCAACUUAUCCUAACUGCGGCAAGAGCUGUAGUCGACCGCUGUGAUCUGUGUCUCUGCACGAUUUGGUCCGGCUUGAGCCGUGCCGCUUUUGAUCAUGCUCAUAGUCGACGUCAACAGGACAUCCGGUUUGGGGAAGCACACACUGCGGUGAAGCGGGACUUAAGUGCGACUGGCACAGACUCUGCCGAACAUCUGCAGCAGCUACGAGACGAAGUAGAAGUGUGGAAAAACAAAUACCGCACGUAUGAGCGCCUGGUGGAAGAGACGGAAGCGGCACGCCAAUACAGGGACUCUGUGAAACUACAGGGGAAUGCUUACAACAACGACGAGGCCGCGGACGUCUCUGAGGAGCGAUGUGAGGCUCCAGGAAGCUUUUCUGCCAUUGUGAGACAUGAGAGUGCGGUCUUGGAAGAAGACCAUCAACACUUGAAAGCGGUCAAUGAGUCGCUUAAGAAAGAGUUGGUCACCUGCAUAAGCGACUACAAUGCUUUAAAAGAGUUGAAACAUGCUUAUCGUGACUUGGAGGUCAAGAAGUUGGAGCUCGCGCAUGUAAACGAAAAAUUGCGCAAGGAAAACCGUGCAAUGAAGCUGUAUGCAUGGGAGACAGACGCGAGGAUCUCACUGAGGAUCAUCGAGAAAUAG